AUGGCUAAUACCCUAUAAAUAUAUGCUUUCAUAAUCUUCUCAAUCUUCCUCAACAAUUCCUGCACCAACAAAAACAUGUUCCUUCUCUUGAAAUCCUUGUCCAGAUCAGUCCACGAUGAACAACAUCAACACCAGCCCGAGUUUUCCGAAACCCAAGGCAAUGCCGGCGGUGUUAUUUGCACAUCACUAACAGUGUGGAGAAAAUCACUGUUGGUUAGCUGUACUGGAUUCACAGUGAUUGAUUGUACUGGAAAUCUGGUUUACCGAGUUGAUAAUUACAUGGGAAGACGCCCCAAGGAACUCAUUCUAAUGGACGCCAAAGGCACCUCCAUUCUAACAAUGAAACGUUGCAAGAAUCUUGGACUAACACAUAACUGGGUUAUCUACCGAGGGGAAGUGGGUGAUUAUUACUGUACAUCAGUUGUAUCAGAAAAGCCAAUUUUCUAUGUGAAGAAGUGCAUGAACAUUUUGCAUACCAACCCUAAUGUGCUAGCAUACGUAUAUCACCGGUCGUCGGACAAAAGGUACACGUACACGAUCGAAGGAUCGUAUUCGCAUCGAUCGUGCAAAGUGGUGGAUGAGAAGAAGAGAGUGGUUGCAGAGAUCAAGAGGAAAGCUGCAAUGAGUGGAGGUAUUUCCUUCGGCCUAGAUGUGUUUAUGUUGAUUAUAAAGGCAGGAUUUGAUCCUGGAUUCGCCAUGGCUCUGGUUCUUUUACUGGAUCAAAUGUUCACUUAG